CGGAGCGCGCCUGCGCCGGAAAUCUAAAGCUGUGCACGUCGGGGUCUAUUGGUGGUCGCUGCUCUUGUCCGUGUAAGGGAUGCUCGCCGUGCUCGCCGCCGCGUCCUCGUCGCUGCAGGACACGGUUGGCGGGCCGGAGUGCUCACCAUGCCGCUUGCCAUACAUUGGCGAGCCGCCUGUCGGGAAACGCAGGGCUGCCAUCCUCAUCGAGGGCCCCUGCGACUUUUGUGGCGCAGAUGGGAGAUGCUGCUCGCAGGACGCCGCCGGCUCACCGGGUUGUGUCGGCGGUGUCGAUGUCUGGCAGCCCUGCGGCGUCGAGCGCUUCUGCUGCUCGUCGACGCCUCCUCGUCCUUACGCCAGUGGCGACGACGCGGGGCCUCUCCUUCCCCGGCCGCAGGUGCUGCUCUUGCUACUUGCCGUCGGCAUCGCCGUGCUCGUCGUCGCCGCCGCCGCCGCCUCGCGGGCGCGCACGCCGCUCGGUCUCACGAGAAGCGUCUCCGCCUUCCGUCCCUAUAUCCCCUACUCCCCGCGGCUGGUUGAGGGUGGACUGCCGACGACGGCUGGCCGGCAGGCGCCGUACCAGCCGCUCAACGAGGAGGGAGAGCGGAUCGAUGAGGGUGGGGUGAGCCCCGACCGAAGUCCAAAAAGCGAACCUGGGCGGUGAUGUGGCCAGGAGUGCUGGGCUCGGGUAUGUCUUAAUGCUCCAGGGCGUGCACAUCAGACAUCUCACAGUCCCUGCCUGUGUAAUACCUAGGGGUUUCUCGGGACUCUGGAGGUGUGCUAGUCGCUAUGAUAUUUUUUUCUUUUUUCUC